AGCUGCCAAAGCGAGAGGGCUAUAGCAACUUCUCUAUCUCCGAGUGUGUGAGUGUGAGUGUGAGAGAGAGAGUGUGUGUUUGUGAGUGUGUUUGUGAGUGUGUUUGUGAGUGUGUUUGUGAGUGUGUUUGUGAGUGAGUGAGUGAGUGAGUGAGUGUGUGUUACUGAGGUAUGACAUGGAGGAGUUCACAUUCAUUUAGAUUCAUCUCUCAGGACCAGUUAUUACUCCAGAAAUGAGAGACGGGCGGUGGUUUGGUGUUGCACCAUGAGAAGAACACCGGGAGACUCCUGUACAGCUGUUGCUCCAAACUCACAGCUGGAUUCACCUCAAAGAGCUGACCUCUAACCCAGUCCUGUGAUUAGCUCAUAUUUCCCACUGCGCGCUCUCUCUCUCUCUGUCUCUCUAUAUCUCUCUCUCUCUCUCUCUCUCUCUGACGGUGUGAGGAUGUCAGGGGCGGACCUGCUGUCCCGUGUGAGCUCGGUAUUCCGCAGGGAGCGGUCAGACUGGGACCUGAGUGACACUGCAGCCUUCGACGUCUCUGAGGACCUGGUGGAGGACGAGAUGCCCAGGUUCAACAAGCUGAAGGUGGUGGUGUCAGCCGAGAUGGACGAGUACACCGGCUCGUCCCCCAACGGAGCCGCGGUCAGCACCUUCAUCAGGGGCAGCGAGGAGGACGAUGACGACUCACUGCUCGGCUCCACCUCCGGGCUGGGGGCGGAGCCCUGCAAUACCUGCGCUAAGAGGAAGGAGGACGUCAAACGGCGCAAAGUGAUGAAGAAGCUGGCCAUCGCAGCCGUGCUCUACUUCCUGUUCAUGAUCGGAGAACUCAUAGGUGGCUACAUUGCCAACAGUUUAGCCAUCAUGACUGAUGCUCUGCACAUGCUGACCGAUCUGGUGGGCAUCGUGGUGUCACUACUGGCCCUGUGGCUCUCAGCUAAAGCCCCAACACACACCUUCAACUUCGGCCUGCACAGACUGGAGGUGAUAUCUGCAGGAAUCAGUGUGUUGUUGAUCUACAUCCUGACCGGUGUUCUGCUGAAUGAAGCGGUACAGAGAACACUUCACCCUGACUUCACCAUCGACGGAGACGUCAUGCUCAUCACCGCCGCUGUGGGCGUGGCCGUUAACCUCAUAAUGGGAUUUCUCCUCAACCAGUCAGGUCACCUCCACUCCCACUCUCACUCUCAUUCUCACUCCCACACUGCUAGCCACACCCACUCUCAAAGGAGGGGUCAGGGACGGGGGCGGAGUCAACACUCUCACGGCAGCUUGGCGGUGCGAGCAGCAUUUAUUCACGCACUGGGGGACCUGGUGCAGAGCGUUGGGGUUCUCAUCGCCGCAUACAUCGUCAGGUUUAAGCCGGAGUAUAAGCUGGCUGAUCCUGUGUGUACAUACAUAUUUUCCGUGUUGGUGCUGGUCACCACGCUGCGCAUCAUCAGAGACACCGGCCUCAUCCUGCUGGAGGGCGCUCCCAGACACCUGAAUGUGAGCGUGAUGAGGGAAGAUCUGUUGAAGCUGGACGGUGUGGAGUCGGUGGACGAUCUGAAGCUCUGGGCUUUAACUGCUGAUCGCACUGUGGCUCUCGCACACCUUCAGCUUGCACCGAGCAGCAGGGGUAACUGGGAAGAAGUGCAGUCUAAAGCUCGUCACCUGCUGAUGACAUCACACGGCGUGUCACACUGCACAGUGCAGAUGCAGAGCUACACACAGCGAGGCACACACUCCUGCUCUAACUGUGUGUUAACCAGUGCCUAAACACACACACACACACACACCAGGGCACCUCCUUCCUAAACAGGUUGCUAUGCAACAGCGAAACGCGCCAAAGCCGGAGUGUGUUUUCACUUUUAGUGAGUUGAUUAGGAGGCUAUUUUCAUUCAUGACUCUCUUUUAUUUUCUUCUUUUCACUUUUUCUCAGAAACACACACACACACACACGUAUACAAUCAGUAAAUAAAAAGCUAGGGUUAGUCAAUCCUAGCUCUGCUGCUGACCUGAACAGUGAGAUUUUUAUUUAGAUUCAGUUCAGAAAAACACUCCACAUUUUCUUCAGGGUUAAAUCCUGGAUUAACUGAUCUCCAGUCAGGGUUAAAUCCUGGAUUAACUGAUCUCCAGUCAGGGUUAAAUCCUGGAUUAACUGAUCUCCAGUCAGGGUUAAAUCCUGGAUUAACUGAUCUCCAGUCAGGGUUAAAUCCUGGAUUAACUGAUCUCCAGUCAGGGUUAAAUCCUGGAUUAACUGAUCUCCAGUCAGGGUUAAAUCCUGGAUUAACUGAUCUCCAGUCAGGGUUAAAUCCUGGAUUAAAUCAUCCUGGAUUAAAGCUUUCCUGGAUAAAUUGAUCCUGAGUCCUGUAUUUAAGAGUUUAAUCCCAUCAGCUCCAGUCUUGUUGCAUGUCUUCACCCCGUCACUGAUCUGAGCAGAACUCUGUUUAUUUCCUGUGAAGGUCUCAGAUGUUCCAGCACCAUCAUCAUGAUGAUUUGUGAUCUUUAUCCAUUAGCACUGAAGCAGAAAGAGAUUUAGUGCCAGCACAGGAUUUCAUUCUCUUCACUCAGACACUCAGUUCUCUGACAGUGCAGGAACUCCAUUCUACACCUCGAACCCUCCUGCUCUCAGACCAUGCACUGGUGAGAAGGUUAACACACCAUCUUUUUUAAUUCUUUUUUUUAGUCCUGAACUGUUUAGUUUAAAGUUUAUAGGAAAUAUGAGUGAAGCUUCAGUGUGCCUUCACACACUCACACACACACACACACACUCCUGUACACCCUGUGAUCUCACAGCCUUUACUUUUAACCAGUUUCCUUUCUUUUAUUUUCUUUUUUUCCUAAAGAAAUGUUGUUUUUGUGAUUGUUGUGUUUCUGCCAAAAACAUAAUCUAUGCCUAUACAUGUUCUUACUUUGUUGUUUUUUUUUUAUUUUAAUUGAGUUUAAUUUUUGAUUUAAUUUGUUGUCUGAUGUUUUGCACAUUCCAGUAACUUGAACAGCAGUUACUCUUUCUGUUGGCAGUAUUUAUGUUCAGCGGUGAAACUCCGCCCUCUGAGAGAGGAUCAGAUCCUUCUGGAGAAGUAAAAUAAACCUGUUUCCAAGUCCUG